CGAAGGAAAAACACAAAAUAAGUUAGCUACGAGAUGAUGAUGAUACAGAGCACUAAGCCAACCUGAAAUCAAACUGAAUCAAAUAAAUUUUCAGAGAAAGAAGAUGGCUUCUUCUGAUCAAUCUCCGUCGCACAACUUCUUUGUCUACGGCAGUUUUCAGGAGCCAGCCGUUGUGAGUUUGAUCCUCGAAUGCACUCCGGUCAUCGUCUCCGCCCAACUCCACGGCUUUCAUCUGUAUCGACUCAAAGGACGUUUGCAUCCUUGUGUUGUUCCUUCUGAGACCGGUUUAGUCAACGGCAAGGUACUAACUGGAUUAACAGAUGCUCAGCUGGAGAAUUUGGUUACAGUUCAAGGAGAUGAAUACGAGAGGAAGACUGUUGAGGUUGUCUUGACUGACACAUCGGAGAAGAUGCAAGUCCAAGCUUUAAUAUGGGCCAACAAGGAUGAUCCUGACAUGUAUGGAGAAUGGGACUUCGAGGAAUGGAAGCGGCUUCACAUGGAAAAAUUCAUAGAGGCGUCCAAGAAAUUCAUCGAAUGGAAGAAGAAUCCAGAUGGGAGAACAAGGGAAGAGUUUGAGAAAUUUGUACAUGAAGAUCCUCCCGUGGCCUGAAAAAAUUGUCUGUCUUUUAUUUCAAAGGCAAUAAGAUUAGAAGAGGCUUUGUCAGGCUUUGUCAGGGUCUCACUUCAAACACAAAGAUGAUGUUUGUAUCUAAUAUUGUCUACGAACAUUGAGUCGUAUGUAAAAGUAUUGUUUUACCAGUUCUAGUUUCAUCAA